CUCCUCUUUUUUCAUUUUAAGGUUGCCCCAAUCACCCUGCUGUGGUUUUGCUGCUUCCCUCCCCCCCUCCCACUUUCGAGAGGGAGUUUCUGUUCUGGCUGCAAGUGAAUCGUGGCUCAAGUGCUGGAAGUGAAUCGCUUCUUCAAGAGCAGCUGGAAGCUCCCAACGGCCGUUCCUCAACAGACAUGGAUUUGUAGAACAACUCCCCUUGUGGAGGGAAAAGAAAGGGAAUCUUGUGUUGGAGAAGCAAGAAGAUAUGUCCCUUGCAAGAAAAUACCCGAUACCUUCCUUCUUGAUACUAUUUCUAAUCCUUUGGGGUGGAGAGAACACUCAGGCUCAGAGGGCAGGUUGCAAGAAUGUUCACUAUGAUCUCGUCUUCAUCUUGGACACCUCCUCUAGUGUGGGCAAAGAAGACUUUGAGAAGGUCCGCCAGUGGGUGGCUAAUCUAGUGGACACUUUUGAGAUUGGACCUGACAAAACUCACGUCGGUGUCGUCCGCUAUAGCGACAGACCGACCACCGAGUUUGACCUUGGAAGAUAUCGGACUCAGGAGCAAGUAAAAGAAGCCGCCAAGAACAUCAAAUACUAUGGGGGCAAUACAAACACUGGUGAUGCCCUACGGUACAUCAAUACAUACAGCUUUUCAGCUACGGCUGGUGGGAGGCCCAGUGACAGCACCAUCAAAAAAGUAGCGAUCCUUUUGACCGAUGGAAGGAGCCAAGAUCAUGUCUUGGAUCCAGCCAGAGUGGCACAUAAAGCAGGCAUAAGGAUCUUUGCGGUGGGUGUUGGCGAAGCCCUCAAGGAAGAGCUGGAUGAAAUUGCUUCUGAGCCUAAAUCUGCCCACGUGUUCCACGUCUCCGACUAUAAUGCUAUCGAUAAGAUACGUGGAAAGCUGAGGAGGAGGCUUUGUGAGAAUGUGCUGUGUCCCAGUGUCCAUGUAGAAGGAGACAGGUUCAAACACACCAAUGGAGAAACUGAUGAUAUUCCAGGGUUUGACCUGAUGGAACAAUUCAGUGUGCGGGAGAUAUUUGGAAUGAAGGACAACGGAAUCCACAGCUCUUACGUUCGACUUGGGAGCUUUCCCAUUGUGCAGAGAACAGAAGAUGUCUUCCCACAAGGUCUUCCUGAUGAAUAUGCCUUUGUAACCACUUUCAAGUUCCGCAAGACGUCCAGGCGAGAAGACUGGUAUAUUUGGCAAAUCAUUGACAAAUACGGCAUACCUCAGGUGUCAAUCCGACUGGAUGGUGAAAACAAGGCCUUGGAAUACAAUGCUAUUGGACUCACCAAAGACGCAGUGAGGGUGGUCUUUAAAAAUGGCCGCGUCAGUGACCUGUUUGACCGUAACUGGCAUAAGAUCGCUUUGAGCAUCCAGUCCCAGAGCGUCUCCCUGUAUAUCGACUGCAAACUGGUUCAGACGUUGCCUAUUGAAGACAGAGAAAAUAUCGACAUUCAAGGGAAGACCGUCAUUGGCAAGCGCCUCUAUGACAGCAUGCCAAUUGAUUUUGACCUUCAGCGGAUGGUUAUUUACUGUGAUUCUCGACACGCUGAGCUGGAAACGUGCUGUGACAUUCCUUCUGGACCCUGCCAAGUGACCGUCAUUACGGAAGCUCCUCUCCCUGAAAUAACUCCCACUGUUGGAAGUGAGCAGGUCGGGCCCACCAAGACCGUCAAUUGCUCCUGUCCACCUGGAGAAAAGGGUGAGAGAGGCCUGCCUGGGUUUGAAGGUUUGAGAGGCCAGAAGGGAGAAAUUGGACCAAUUGGACUUCCUGGCCCGAAGGGAGAACCGGGUGGUGGAGCAUUUGGCCAAGGAGGAAAAGGAGAAAAGGGUGAAAGAGGACCCCAAGGGUUACCUGGACUGAUGGGAGAGAGAGGAGAAAAGGGCUCCCUCGGUGCACCUGGCAUCCCAGGGAGGGACGGUGCCAAAGGAGAAACUGGAGAUGCUGGACUUCCAGGAGCAGUUGGACUUCCUGGUUCACCUGGGCCAAAGGGGACAGAAGGUCAACCAGGUCCCCCAGGACGUCAAGGUUAUGUUGGAGCACCUGGCCUCCAGGGAGAAAGAGGAGAAAAAGGACCCCGAGGAGACAAGGGUGAGCCAGGUCUAGAUGGCUUUCCUGGGAAGCCCGGUGUGGAUGGGAACCAGGGCAGCAAAGGGAGUCAAGGCCAGCCUGGUCUCAUAGGACCAAGGGGAGAAAAGGGUGAAAUAGGACCUCCAGGAAAGCCAGGCUCAGCGGUCCAAGUUGAAGGUUUGAAAGGAGAGCAGGGAGUUCCUGGCCCACGAGGAUCAGUAGGACUUCCUGGAACCCCGGGUAGCCCAGGACCUCCAGGACCAGAAGGCAAGCCGGGACCUGCUGGAUUACAUGGUCAAAGGGGUAAGAAGGGUGAGAUUGGUGUCCCAGGAGUUGAAGGGUUGCCUGGACCUACGGGUUCCCCUGGACCUCCUGGAGUUGCUGGUCCUCCUGGACUUGCUGGACCCCCAGGCCUACCUGGUGAAGUGGGCAGAACUGGACAGCCUGGACCACCUGGUUUACCUGGAAAAUCUGGAUUUGAUGGCUUACCUGGACUGCCUGGCUCAAAGGGAGAUCGAGGAGAAAGGGGAGACAACGGCUUCCCUGGAAAAAAUGGUAUUAAGGGUGAAACAGGAGAGCCUGGCCUACCUGGCAUUGUGGGUGAAAGGGGUGAAUCUGGUCUUCCAGGGCCAUCAGGUUUGCCAGGACUGAGAGGAGAAAAAGGAGACCAGGGUGAAAAGGGAAGAGCUGGACUCCACGGCUUCAAAGGUGAAAGAGGGGACAAGGGUGACGUUGGCCCUCCUGGUCCCCCAGGCUUACCAGGAACAACUUCAGUGUUUACGCCACAUCCUCAUGUUCCUGGAGAACAAGGGCCGAAAGGUGAAAAAGGUGGUCAUGGAGAAAGAGGUGAACCCGGUGAACGAGGCAUUCCAGGUAAACAGGGGCUACCUGGACCUGCAGGGCAGCAGGGUGUGAAGGGACAGGAUGGAGCAGAAGGACAACCUGGAACCCCCGGUGAAGCUGGUGCUCCUGGACCUAUAGGCCCCCCAGGACCACGAGGCUUGCCUGGAAAUGUGGGUAUUCCUGGAGAUCCCGGCCAACCAGGAAUUGAUGGACAAAAAGGAGACAAGGGAGAUCCUGGAAAGGAAGGGAAACAAGGAUCCCCUGGGCCUACAGGUGAGCCAGGACCAGUUGGAGAACCUGGAUUACCUGGGAAGGGUCGAGAUGGAGAAAGGGGUGAAAGAGGGCCACCGGGUUUACCUGGACCCUACGGACACAAGGGAGACCGGGGUGCUCCUGGUGUACCAGGCCAGCCAGGAGACAGAGGGGCACCAGGUCUGGGACUUUCUGGGCCACCUGGACCGGUGGGACCUCCUGGAGAUAAAGGGCCAUCGGGACCCCGUGGUUUGCCGGGCAUCCAAGGACAACCUGGACCAUCUGGCCAGGAUGGUUUACCAGGAAGUCCAGGUGAAACAGGGCCUCCAGGAAAGCCGGGUUCCUCUCCUCUCCUUUCUCCUGGCGAUAUCAGUCUUUUAGUUAAGGAUGUUUGCAGUGACUGUCCUCCUGGACCUCCUGGGCUUCCUGGAAUGCCAGGAUUCAAGGGCGAUAAAGGCCCCACAGGCCCACUUGGCAGAGAAGGCCCAGUUGGAAAGACGGGCGAGUCUGGACCUAGAGGUCCCCCUGGACCACCAGGUGUGGAAGGUUCAAAGGGCAUGAAAGGAGACCGUGGGACAUCUGGUGAGGCUGGACAGAAGGGUGAACAGGGCCAUCCUGGAAUACCUGGCUUUGUGGGUCCACCUGGAAAUCCGGGUCCACAGGGGUCAGAGGGCUCUCCGGGACCCAUAGGACCACCAGGAAACCCAGGAGAAAUAGGUAAAGAAGGCCCACCAGGACCUCAAGGCCCACCGGGUUUGCCUGGACUUAUGGGCAUUGCUGGAAAGGAGGGCAAAGAUGGCAAGCCAGGACCUCCUGGAGAACCAGGCAAGCCAGGAGAGCCGGGUUUACCAGGACAAGAAGGAGCCAGGGGGUUGCCGGGUUUUAAGGGACCCAGAGGAGAUGCAGGAGCCCCAGGCCCAAGAGGAGAGGCAGGUCCAGCAGGAACCCCAGGCCGAGAGGGACAACCUGGAAAAGAUGGGGAUCCAGGACCUGCAGGCCCUCAGGGCCCACGUGGACUCAGAGGAGUGAUGGGCAAGAAUGGAUCCCCAGGCCCCCCAGGGGAAGCAGGCCCUCCAGGUAUCACAGGUCCGAAAGGAAGCAAAGGUGAAAGUGGUAGUCCAGGACUCCCUGGAUUCAUGGGGCCACGAGGACCUCCUGGAGAACACGGUGAAAAGGGCCUCCCAGGGAAAGAGGGCACUGCAGGGAAACCAGGUGAACUUGGAGCCAAAGGUGACCGAGGAGAUCCAGGCACUAAAGGUGAAAAAGGCACAGUAGGAGAGAAGGGCCCACCUGGUGACCCUGGAAUUCCUGGCCGCAAAGGACACACUGGAUUAAUGGGUCAACCAGGACCAUCAGGAGACACCGGACAGGUUGGACCACCUGGUCCUCCAGGACAGCCUGGCUUUCCCGGCCCUAGGGGGGAUUCUCCAUCACUGGAAUCUCUGCGGAGACUCAUCCAAGAAGAGUUAGGAAAACAACUCGAUGCCAGACUGCCCUACCUCAUAAGUCAAAUGCAGCCAGCCCAUGUCAAAGCACCCCAAGGUAGACCAGGGCCUCCUGGAUCACCUGGUAAGGAAGGACCCUCAGGUAGGGUUGGUCCUCCAGGAGAACCUGGCAGGCCUGGACAGCCUGGCUCAGAAGGACCAUUGGGACCGAUGGGACCGAAAGGUGAAAGAGGAGACAAGGGAGAAAAAGGAGAUUCUGGCAUUGGCCAGCGGGGUGAAAAAGGUCCUCCAGGAAUACCAGGUGUCCCAGGUGAACCUGGCUAUGGCAAAGACGGAAUACCAGGAGCACAAGGCCCUCAAGGUGAAGCAGGUGUCCCUGGCCUUAUGGGCCCACAGGGCCCUCCAGGAGCCAAUGGACAGUGUGACCCAUCUCAGUGUGCUUAUUAUGCAAGUAUGGCCGCCAGACCAAGUAAUGUCAAGGGGCCCUAAAAGGCAAAGCUCUUCCCUCAUGGACCUCUUAUGGACCUACUUCUGAAAACUUGAAUGGAACAAGGAAGUCAGGAGAUCUCAGCUGUUUCGCUUCUGUUUUUUUGUUUUUUUUGAGAGGCCUUUUUGACUAUUAAAACCAUCAAAUGCUGCCGGUCGGUCAAAUUUAUUAUAAUUAAGAAACUAUUAAUUGUUAUUCUUUUAUGAGGUGUUAAGUGACUUGUUUUUCUUUUUCUUUUCAUGUUUUCUAAUAUCAGGGCAAUUUUUUAAAAAAUAAAUAAAGAUUUUUUAAAUAUAUAUAUAUAAAUAUUGACAAUGAAACAUAGACAUUGUAUAGUCAGAAUCCAGGUUAUCACAGAAAAGAAUGCAAUAUUGGCUGUUGA